AUGGGACAUUGGAAGAAUCUCUUUAGCGCCGAUCGUGGCAGGACCCGGCAUCGAGUCGAGGUGGAACGUCGUCGGCUGCUACCGGCCUAUGCUGCUGAUGAGUCUGACGCCUCUGAUGCUUCAAAGGAAAUUGCAAAGGUUGCUCUUCGGUUGAAAUAUCAAAUUGAGCAGGUUGUCUCCUGUGAGAUACAGGAGAAUGUCUUGACCGACCCAAACAGCCGUAUCAUCACGGAUGAUGUGGUUGCGACUGCUAAGCAGGCCGGUGGAGAAGAAUACAAAGCAUGUGUUGUCUAUUGUCUUCUGGUUUGUCUGCGAUGGUUCAAGAUUCAAUCAUCUGUCGAGCUUUGGGAUUCCGAUCUCCAUGAGAUUCGGGCUGUGGCUUGCGAGGUCAUCGCCAAGCGCAUUAUCGAAUCCGAGCAGAACCAAGAUUACGUGUUGAGAGACAUUUUACUCAAGCGAUACUCCAUCUUCAGUGAAGGUGUAGAGACUGAACCCGCCAAUGUCAUUGAACGAUCGGUAGAUCUCCAUGCCUUGCGGAUCAUCAGUUGUGCCGCGUACCAGAAAUGUAUCCAGUACCUAUGGAGAGGUUGGAUUUGUCAGGAAGAGGGCAACCCAACUAACUUUGUCGAAUACAGCGAGAAGUCUAACACCAGUUAUUGGGUUCAUUUCCAUCCUGAUCGGAUGCGGACCCCUCUCUAUCAGAAUGUCUGCCAAAUUUUGUUUUCCUUGAUUUACCUUGCGAUUUAUACCGCAGUUAUCAAUACCGUGAACCCAACUGGUGAUCUGGACGUGGCCGAAGCCAUACUUUACGUUAUGACUCUUGCGUUCAUCUGCGACGAGGGAGUCAAAUUUUGGAAGGUGGGAUGGAAUUACCUCGAAUUCUGGAAUGCCUUCAACUCAACCCUCUACACCAUCCUGGUGGUGUCCCUUGCCUUGCGCUUUAUUGCAUUGGCACACUCAUCGUCCACCCACGAUGAACAAAGGCAGAUAUACAACGAGCUCAGCUACAACUUCCUGGCCUUUGCGGGCCCUAUGUUCUGGAUACGCAUGAUGCUAUAUCUUGACUCGUUCCGCUUCUUCGGUGCUAUGUUUGUGGUUCUUCGAGUCAUGAUGAAGGAGAGUUUGAUCUUCUUCGCUCUUCUAUUUGUGGUUAUGGCUGGUUUCUUCCAGGCCUUCGUCGGCAUGGCCCAAGUGGAUCCCGAUGUCCCUCUCCACCGAAAUAUUCUCCAGGGAAUGAUAAAUAGUAUCAUGCAGAGUCCUGAGUUCGACACUUUCCAGGAGUUUGCAUUUCCCUUUGGCAUCAUCCUCUACUAUGUGUUCAACUUCAUUGUUAUGACUGUUCUGUUGAAUAUUCUCAUCGCCUUGUACAAUAGCGCAUAUGAGGAUAUCGCUGGCAAUGCCACGGACGAGUACAUGGCCAUCUUCGCGCAGAAAACCAUGCAGUUCGUCCGCGCUCCAGAUGAGAAUGUCUUCAUCCCGCCGUUCAAUCUCGUUGAGAUUGUAUUUCUGAUCGCCCCAUUCGAAUGGUGGCUUUCGCGGGAGGCUUACGCCAAGGUGAAUGACAUUGUAAUGGGCGUGAUAUAUUCGCCGCUGCUUGUUGUUGCGGCCUGGGAUGAGACCCGCCAGGCGCAUCAGAUUCGAUGGAAUCGUCGCCAUGGCGAAGAAGAUGAUGACUGUGCCCAGGAAUGGGAGCAUGUGGCCAAGGAGGUCAAUUUUGAUCUUGAUGAUACUUGGAAACAGCAAAUAGUUGAGUCCACACCGGAUAUCAAGGUUGAUAGCUGUACAUAUGAACUCAGAGAGCUGAGGGAGCAGGUUAGGAUGUUGACCGAGAUGGUGAAGGGAUUGACUCAGGAGAUGGACAAGAAAGUGGAUGAAGCAAGCUAG